UUGUGGCCCCGCCCAUAUCCGAUCGGCUGAUCAGGAAGGCACAGAUUGAUGCAAGUUCAACAAGCGGUGACGAGCCAGCAGGUCAAAGAUUAGUUCGUUUUCGAUAAGAACACUGACACGCAGAGCAGCUUCACAUGCCGAACACUAAAUUCGUGGAUUUAUUGGACAGUUUCCUUGAAAGAAGUCAGGUAGCAUGCAAGGAGCAUAACAAUAACGAUGGGGGAGGACAACGUGACGGCCGAUGCUGCUCAGUACAUCUUGGCCUUGGACGUUGGGACGACCACACUACGAGGUCACAUCUACGACAAGAAUGGAGUCAUUAGGGGAACAAGCAGCAAGAAGAUUGACAUCCUGCAUCCGAAGACGGGAUGGGCGGAGAUGGACCCCGACGUCCUCUUCCAACAGGUCAAGCAGGUCAUGCGGGAGAGUAUCGGAGCGGCCGGCAUCACUGUCCAGCAGGUCAAGUGUAUGGGCAUGGCCACUCAGAGGGCGACCUUCAUGACGUGGGACAGGGAGACGGGUCGACCUUUCCACAACCUUAUCACGUGGCAGGACCUCCGGGGGGCUCAUUAUGUCAGACUGUGGAACCAGUCCUACACUCUCAAGGCUCUCAACUCGGGCUCCAAGUUUCUCCAUGUCUUCACCAGGAAGAACAGGUUCCUGGCCGCUAGUGUCCUCAAGUUCAUGAGCAAACAGGUUACCAUGAGGUUGCUAUGGGUUCUGGACAACUAUCCGGAGCUGCGGAAGAGGGCCUUCGAGGGUCAGGUGAUGUUCGGGUGCAUCGACACCUGGUUGUUGUACUGUCUGACAGGGCAGAAGGUCCACGCCACGGACUACUCCAACGCCAGCUGUACAGGACUUUAUGAUCCAUUCCAGGUUGAGUGGAGCAAGAUCGUCUGUAACAUGGUCAACAUUCCCAUGUCGAUGUUCCCCGAGGUGAAGGACACAAGUGGCAUGUUCGGUCAAGUCCAUCCCGAUAUUCUGGGUGCAUCCAUUCCAAUAACAUCCUCAGUGGCGGACCAGCAGGGCGCCAUGUUUGGUCAGUGCUGUUACGAUGUCGGCGACAUCAAGUGCACCAUGGGAACAGGGACGUUCAUUGACCUCAACACCGGGAACAAGCCACACGCCUCUGUCGCAGGCCUGUACCCAAUCAUCGGGUGGAAGAUCAAGGACGAGAUCACGUACCUGGCCGAGGGUCUGGCGGCCGACACGGGGAUCACGCUGGAGUGGGCCAAGACUCUAGGUUUCUUUGAAGACGUAACAGAGACGGCCAACAUUGCCAACACUGUGGAAGACUCUGCAGGUGUGUGCUUCGUCCCUGCGUUCAGUGGGCUGCAGGCACCCAUUAAUGAUGACCGUGCCACUACCUCGCUUAUCGGACUGAUGCCCAACACAACCAAGGCCCACAUCGUCCGAGCCAUACUGGAGUCCCUAGCAUUCAGGUUCAAGGUCCUGUACGAGACGAUGUUGAUAGAGACCAAGAUCCCCCUGUCGUACGUCAGAGCGGACGGCGGCGUGUGCAACAACGACUUCAUCAUGCAGCUGAUGUCCAGUCUCAUCAACACCAGCAUCGACCGCUCCACGCAGCCGGACAUGACGAGUCUCGGGGCCGCGUUCCUGGCAGGACUUGCUGCAGGUGUGUGGGAAAGCAAGGACCAGUUGCGCCAUAUCCGGAAGUCUGACCGAGUGUUCGAGCCCCAGUCAGUCUGGCCUCAAUACAAGGACAUUUAUCGACAGUGGGAGCGAGCUGUGACAAGAUCGCUGCAGUGGUACCGGGAACCGGAUAGCUGACAGAAACUGCAUCGCCAGGAACCAUGGCGACCACUAACAGAAUCCUCAGCAUUAUAUAACAGUCAGCAAUCUGGUAUUUUAUCAACCAUGAUCAUCUUUGGUAUAUUAGGCAGUUUGAUAUUAGCAGUCGUGUGGAGAGUAGCAUAUUCGGGGAUCUAGCAGUCGUGUGGAGAGUAGCAUAUUCGGGGAUCUAGUGGUCGUGUGGAGAGUAGCAUAUUCGGGGAUCUAGCGGUCGUGUGGAGAGUAGCAUAUUCGGGGAUCUAGCGGUCGUGUUGAGAGUAGCAUAUUCCGGGAUCUAGCGGUCGUGUGGAGAGUAGCAUAUUCGGGGAUCUAGCGGUCGUGUGGAGAGUAGCAUAUUCGGGGAUCUAGCGGUCGUGUGGAGAGUAGCAUAUUCGGGGAUCUAGCGGUCGUGUGGAGAGUAGCAUAUUCGGGGAUCUAGUGGUCGUGUGGAGAGUAGCAUAUUCGGGGAUCUAGCGGUCGUGUGGAGAGUAGCAUAUUCGGGGAUCUAGCGGUCGUGUGGGGAGUAGCAUAUUCGGGGAUCUAGCGGUCGUGUGGGGAGUAGCAUAUUCGGGGAUCUAGCAGUCGUGUGGAGAGUAGCAUAUUCGGGGAUCUAGCAGUUGUGUGGAGAGUAGCAUAUUCGGGGAUCUAGCGGUCGUGUGGAGAGUAGCAUAUUCGGGGAUCUAGCAGUCGUGUGGAGAGUAGCAUAUUGAGGAAUCUAGAAUAAAAUGGUCUUGUCAGCAGGGGUGUUCACACUAAUUGGGAUAUUACACAAUCAUAUGUUGUUCAAACGUAUUUAGGAAUAUCUUAGGAGUCUGCAAUGUAUUCUUUAGUUGAUAAUAUAUGCUACACAUGAGACGUUAAAAAAACACCCAAUGUUUGCAGGUUACUAUGGGUAAUUGGUUGGUGGGCAUGGCAACACGCAGCCUUCCAACUGCAGGUGUUCCUUAACAUAUUUUGAGUAGUAUACAUGGGUUCUGGUACGGUCAAGUAGCUACAGCUCUAGGAGGCACUGGUGGCCCAGUCGUAUAAGGCGCCGCAAUUCGCUGUGCAGAGUUGCAUCCCUUGUUAGCACGAUUCCUGUGUUCGUGGGAUUCGCCAAAGUAGUAAACGUCUUAGACCUGCAACACUUUCCUCCUUUCCUCCCACAUCAAGCUGACACGCCGGGAUAUAACUGGAAUACUGUUAAAAGCAGUGCUGAACCAAACUCACUCACUCACUGCAACUGUCUGUGCAGAGUUACAUGCCUUACCUGUGCCAGGAUGUGCUGCUGAUCUUGAGUUUGUCAGAACCAUACAUGUGCUCAUGGGUUUCACGGAAGUGGUAUAUAUCUAGGACCUGCAUCGCUGGUAAACUGUUCACACGUAUCAUCGCAACUCACUUACUGCAACUGUCUGUGCAGAGUUACAUGCCUUACCUGUACCAGGAUGUGCUGCUGAUCUUGAGUUUGUCAGAACCAUACAUGUGCUCAUGGGUUUCACGGAAGUGGUAUAUAUCUAGGACCUGCAUCGCUGGUAAACUGUUCACACGUAUCAUCGCAACAAACUCAGAUGCUCCACAAUCCAAGACCACUCGUCACCAUGACUUAUGUGUAGAGUAUUUAAACAUUUCAAGGUUGUCUAAAUGUUGGUUGAAUGUGAUUGAUGAACCCUAACUAUUGUUGAGUAGUAUGCUUGGUAAACCCUCGUGAACCACGUUCAUCCUAAUUAUAGAGGCAUUAUGUUCUAUGUUUUAACUUGAUUUGUACAUUAUGAAAGCAAUAUUUAAACUUUGCAAAAGUCAGUGAACCUGACCUGGUGUGUGUGUGUGUGAGUGAGUGAGUGAGUGAGUGAGUGAGUGAGUGGGUGAGUGGGUGAGUGAGUGAGUGAGUGAGUGAGUGAGUCUAUACUUGUUGUGCCUUUGUGCCUGUACCAAAAGUGCCUUCCACAUACGUGCGGGACAUGUUUGUGAACCAAUAUUCUGAACAGUUGCUCACACUCGCAUUCACCAAUGCCUUGUUUUCCUACCGGGUACCCAUUUACUGCUGAUUGUAAAUUGUGGGAGUUCUGUAGAGUUUUCACUUGUCUUACAGAUGACAAAUCACAUACAGAAUUUACAUCCUACCGGGUACCCCUUUACUACUUGAGUAAUCAACCAUAUGGGAUCGGUCAUAUUAAAAUUUGAAAGGGGGUUUCAGGGACAGAGUAAGACACAUACUUUCUGUGAGUGUCUGUACCAUGACAAAUCUAGAUUGUGAAAAAGAAAGUCUUGCCGACUCAAGAAGUUAGAGAGAAAUAAUUUGUGUAAUAAAAUAUUUCAUAGACCAUUGCCGAACUUUCUCUUUGUCCAACAUUUUCUUGCACAAAUUAUUUUUCCCCGAAAUCCUGAAACAUUGUCUUGUAAUGUGACCCGAGUUGACCUUUCUUAAAGAUCGGAAACGGUCGAAGUUUGAAACAAGAUGGCAGAUUCUGUAUCACGUCCAACAUUCUGAUUGGACAACAUUAUUUGAUUGUUGCAGGAAACUGUUCCUUUAUUUUACUGCAAGAGUAUAUGUUGUCUGUAACAACAGGUGUUUCUGUGGUGUGGUUAUGAUGUCGGAGAAUGAAAAGGGGCGUGAUGUUGUCACUCAAACUCCUCAUGUCUUGAUAUGCAUCGAGUGAGCUGCCAGUGAAAUGACCGUUUUGACAGUGAAUGCUGGAUUUGACCCAUGAAGAUAGAAUAAGUCUUCACCAACCCAUGGUUGCCGUAAGAGGCGACUAACAGGAGCAUGUUGUCAGGCUCGCUGACUUGGUUGAUACAUGUCAUCGUAUCCCAAUUGCGUGGAUCGAUGCUCAUUGCUGAAUGCGGCGUUUAACAACAAACAAAACAAACAUAAAUCAAAUGAACUUCUUUUGUUAUGGCAUUUACUGUUUUAAGUGAAGUUAAUACUUUUAUAUUUUGUUAACACAGAGAUGGUUAUAUUGUUGAUAAUGUUAUGGGUUUGUGUGACAUUCCUGCAAGGUGAAUAUUCCAGAAAUAGUUCUUGAAUAAAAAUACUUUCAUUUCACAUGUGUGACGUCAUUUGACGUUUAUCACACUUUGAAAGAGCGUUUUACAAGAACUAGUCAAAACCACAUGUGCAUGUUUUCUGAAAGCUCAACUAAGUACUUUUUAAUUGUUUUUUGUAGUCAUUGUCUAUAUGAAUAUGAGAUGUCAAUAUGUCAUCUAAAAAAAUUAAACAAAUGAGGAAAAUUUAACAUUGUGAUGUCAUUUUAUUAUUUUGGUAAUAAUAAAUGACUUGCUGUCAAGGAAAGAUAUAUACAUGAUAUAGUUUAGAUGUUUCAAUUAACAUGUUGCCAUAAUAUUUUAGUUUAGACAUAAUAUUACUUCAUUUAGUCUUUGUCCAUCGAUAUUUAUUUUUCUAAUAUUUAUAUCCAUAAAUUUGCAUGCCUGUUUCUUUUUAAUUGGUAUUUUUGCAUUAGUAUUAGACGCACUGUAGCUCACUUGAAUUGGCUUGAAUAUUUGUUGAUCAUAGAUCAUCUUAUGUUGAUUAAGACAACAAGGAUCAUCUCCGAGUCAUGAAUCAGCUAUAAAUUCUUUGUUAGAUUUUUAUCAAUUUGUUUUUUAAAUGCGAGACAAGAGGUAAUAUAUUUUUUUAUUUUUUUAAACAAACUGUUCAAGGCAUGUGUGUACGUUACCUGUCAACUGGUAUGAUUAUUUAUGCAGUGUGUACGUUACCUGUGUGAUUAUUUAUGCGGUGUGUACAACAAUGAAGAAACUAAAGCACACCUGAUUAUUCAUGUUACUAUGGUUAAUCUUUCAUGUCUUAAUCAGUCAUGGCAUGACAGAUUAACUAUAGUAACAUGACAGAAUUGGGUGUUCUUUAACUUCUUUUGAGUAGUAUGUGUCAUCAGUAGAGAAGCAAGGGAACACAUGAAGUAAUAUUCUACGUCUGUAGCAACUUGUGGGGUAGCCUAGUAGGGCUGGGACGAUACACCAACUGUGUCACGAUACGUAUCAUGAUACCUUACUCACAAUCCGAUAUGUAUCACGAUACUUGCAUGUGCUCUUAUCUGUGGCGCGUAAGCCAUCUUUUCAUAGACAGGAUGGCCAAAUACCUUGCACACUGACGAUUUACAGUUGGCAGUGUCAAGUAUGGCACAACAAAUGAAAAUAUUUGUUUUCAGUAUUAACUUGCACUACUGAUUAGUGUUUAGUGGAACAGUUAUUAAAGCAAACAUUUACGGUCAAACUCGAUAUUUUUUACUGAGUGUGAAUCUAAUCGAUGCUUGUAUCGAGAAGUAAAAAAAUCGCGAUGCAUCGUCCCACCACUAAAGCCAAGUGGGUAAAGCGUUCGCUUGUAACGCUGAAGACCUGGUUCGAUUUUCCACAUGGGUACAAUGUGUGAAGCCCAUUUCUGGUGUCCCCUGCCAUGAUAUUGCUGGAAUAUUGCUAAAAGCUUAAAACGAUACUAGAAUGAUGUUAAGUUGUGAGAGUAGGUGGGGUUGAAAAGUGAGAAUGAAUGCAUUAUGGCCUUGAAAAUGGAAAACUGAUGGUGUGUUUACACUGGGUGUUUACAGACCAGUGGUUGAAGUACUUUACUACAGGAGUUGUUUCAUUGUGUUUGUCGACUUGAUGCAAUGAUGUCUGUCCACUUUGAUAAGCACAGAAUUAUGUUUUCACACACUUUUGUAAAAUUAAAUGAAUAAAAAAGUCUAUUCUAUUGA